AUGUUCGAUGAGAAAUUCGUAACUUUUUCCGCUGGAGAAGGACUUCUCAGUCUUGUUGGAGUACCCAUCGUAGUCGACCAAGCAGACUAUCCCGGAAUCCACAUCGCUGCACACAACCUCUCUGAAGACUUCUCACGCGUCACAAAAGAGGCUGCUUCACCUCUCAUAUCCUGGACUGGUCAAAACGAUAGGCGCGAUGCAAAAUCUCAAACGGCUAUCAUCGUGGGUAGUGUGACGAAGAGUCCUCUGAUUCAGAGUCUUGAAAACAGUGGGAAGAUUAAUGUGGAUGGGAUUAGAGGGAAGUGGGAGAGUUAUAUUACGGCUGUUGUUGAGGAGCCGUUUGAGGGGUGUAGGAGGGCGUUGGUCAUUGCUGGGAGUGAUAAGAGAGGGGCCAUCUUUGGGACGUACGCGCUGAGUGAACAGAUUGGUGUUUCGCCAUGGUAUUGGUGGGCUGAUGUUCCACCUAAACUCCACCCUGACAUCUAUGCACUACCUGUUACUACCACUCAAGGAGAGCCGAGUGUUCGGUUUAGAGGUAUUUUCAUUAAUGACGAGGCACCUGCUCUUACUGGAUGGGUGCGAGAGAACUUCGGGAAGUAUGGUGUUGAAUUCUACAAGAAAGUGUUUGAGCUGCUGUUGCGGCUGAAGGCCAACUUCCUCUGGCCAGCAAUGUGGCCCGGCUACCCCAAUCCUGGAGCCUCAUUCUUCACCGACGACCCUGCCAACCAGCAAACCGCCGAAGACUACGGAAUCUGCAUCUCAACAUCUCAUCACGAGCCCAUGCAACGCAUGUCCAACGAGUGGUUUGCCGAAAAUCCAGACGGCAGCUGGAACUGGCUUACUAACAAGAAGAAGAUCAGUGCGUUCUUCGAAGAGGGGAUUAAGAGGAGUAAAGGAUGCGAAUCGUAUGUAACGCUGGGCAUGAGGGGUGAAUAUGAUAAGAAGAUGGUGACGGAUGAUCCGGCGGCGGUUGUGAAGGAUGUGAUUAGGACGCAGAGGGAGAUUAUCAAGGGAGUUCAUGGGAAGGAGGAUGGUAUUACUCAACUCCUCGCAUUAUACAAAGAGGUGCAAGAUCAGUAUGAUACUGGAAGGCUCGAAGUCCCAGACGAUGUCACACUUUUGUUUGCUGAUGACAACUUUGGAACUAUCCGACGGCUUCCUCAGGGCAAGGAGGCUGAGAGGAAAGGUGGUGCAGGUGUCUACUACCACUUUGAAUAUGUUGGACAUCCGCGAAGUUACAAAUGGACUAACAGCAACUCACUUGGAAAAACAUGGCACCAACUGCAAGAAGCUCAUAGGCGCAAUGCAAAACAGAUCUGGAUAUUCAACGUUGGCGACAUCAAGGCAGUGGAAAUACCACUAACAUUUGCAAUGUCCUUAGCUUGGGACAUCAGCUCCAUCAAACCAGACAACUUUUCACAUUUCUUCAACACCAUGGCAGAGCGAGACUUUGGCACCGGCUUGAGCGAAGUGAUCGGCGCCGCGUCACUUGAAUACGAUCGCCUUGUAUCAAUGAGGAAACACGAGCACAUCGAGCCAUAUACUUUCUCUCUUCUCCACUACAAUGAAGCUGAGCAUGUUGUCAACCGCUGGAAGAUGCUCUUGGGCACGGCAGAAGCAAUACACAACCAGUGCCCGAAAGACCAACGAGCCAGCAUCUUCCAGCUCGUGCUGUUUCCUAUCAAAGCUUCAUACAUCUUCAUAGCGCUGCAAAUAGCCCUGGGAAGAAAUCAACUCUAUGCUCGACAGCGGCGAAAUUAUGCGAACACAUUGGCGAAAGAAGUGCUAGAGCUGUUCGACGCCGAUUACAGUCUUACCGAGGAAUAUCACGCUUUAUUGAACGGUAAGUGGAACCACAUCAUGAUGCAGCCACAUUACGGAUUCGGAGACACAUGGCACGCUCCAUCGCGCGAUAUGAUAAGUGGUCUUUGCUAUGUUCAAAGCAGGCAGAACUCCAAUCCCAUUGCUGGACAGAUGGGCGUUGUCGUAGAAGGACACGAGGGCGUGCGUCCUGGUCGGUGCAAUGAAGAAUCUGAUAGGACGCAUCCGAGUAGGCGAGAUCUGGUGCCUGGGCUCACACUCGGUGCGAUGACCCGGUACGGGCUGGAGAGUAGGUGGUUUGAUGUGUUCUCGAGGGGAAACAUGCCCAUUCAUUGGACUGCGGGUGCGCCAUUCGGCUGGGUUAACUUGUCCACAGUGGAGGGUACUCUGGUCCCAGGGAAAGAGGACGCGCGUAUUCUAAUAAAUAUCGAUUGGGAGCAAGUCCCAGCAGAAUUUGAUGAGGAGGUAUUGGUUGACAUUCGCUCAGCCGAGGGAGACUUCGAACAAGUUCACGUGCCGGUACUGGGACGAAGGUGUUCACAGGACUUUUCUGGAUUUGUUGAAGGCGAUGGCUACAUCUCAAUACCUGCCUCGUCUUGUGUUAUCGAGCCUCCCUACCGAGCGCUAGUUGAGGUAGGGUUAAGUGCAAAUGGAUCAGUGGCGCUGGACCCAGCUUCAGAUAAGGCAGAGUCGUAUCUCAUGUACGACACCUGGGUCUUCACUGAAUCUGCCAAUGCUGAAUUACUUCUUUACUUCAACAUGACACUCGACAUCGACCCGAGCGAUCCGAUGAAGUACGACAUGGUCGUUGAUGGACAUUCGCAGACUCACAAACUUGUGGACGAUGCGAAGAGCGGUGGAGAACUUCCGGAAGGCUGGGUCAAUGCCGUGCAGGACUGUGUGUGGGUUAAGAAGCACAGCUUAGGCGAGACCUUUGGGCCGGGAAAGCACACGAUCCAGAUAAGACUGCAGCACUGGAAUCUCUUGCUCGAGAAAUUGGUUGUUGAUCUUGGAGGGUUGAAGGAUAGCUACUUGGGGCCACCACCGAGCUUCCACUCUACUUGA